UGGUGGAGCCCCGCCCCGCGGGUGCCCCAGGCCAAAGCUCCAUCCCCUUCUUGAGCCCUCCCCACGCUGGGCCUGCCCAGGGUGGGUCCAGCUCAGCUGCUCUCUCCUUCUGUCCUUGCAAUCCGCAGACCCACCGUGUGCAAAAGAAGGAUCUAGGCCGGGCGCCCGGGGCGUCAUGGUCCACCUCCUGACCUCCGAAGUGCAGCAGCUGCUCUACAACAAGUUUGUGGUCAUCCUGGGGGACUCUGUCCAUAGGGCCGUGUACAAGGACCUGGUGCUCCUGCUGCAGAAGGACUGCCUGCUCACUCCCAGCCAGCUCAAGGCCAAGGGGGAGGAGAGCUUCGAACAGGACAAGCUGCUGGAGGGAGGCCAGCUGGGCCCCAUGCACAACGGCGUUGAGUACCGUGAGGUCCGCCAGUUCUGCUCGGGCCACCACCAGGUGCGCUUCUACUUCCUCACGCGCGUGUACUCCCAGUACCUCGAGGGCAUCUUGGACGAGCUGCGGUCGGGCGAGCACUUCCCGGAUGUGAUCAUCAUGAACUCCUGCCUCUGGGACAUCUCCAGGUACGGUCCGGACUCCUGGCCGAGCUACCUGGAGAACCUGGGGAGCCUGUUUGCGCGCCUGGGCCAGGUGCUGCCCGAGUCGUGCCUCAUGGUAUGGAACACAGCCAUGCCGGUGGGCGGGAAAGUCACAGGGGGCUUCCUCCCGCCCGAUCCCCAGCCCUCGACCGCCUCGCUGGAAAUGAGCGUGGUCGAAGCCAACUUCCACAGCUCUGUUGAGGCGAAAAAGCACGGCUUCGACGUGCUGGACUUGCAUUUCCACUUCCGCCACGCAUGGCAGCACCGACAGCGGGACGGGGUGCACUGGGACGAGCGCGUGCACCGACACCUCUCCCAGCUGCUGCUGGCCCACCUGGCCGACGCCUGGGGUGUGGAGCUGCCCCAACGCCAACCAGUGGGCAGGUGGAUCAAGGACGGCCCUGCGGGGGGAAACCCUGGCCAGGGAGUCGCGAGGCAGCCCCAGGCCCGCAGAGAUCCACAGACCUUACCUCUGCCCCGACCCUUGCCUCCUCCCGCAUACGGCCCCCUGCUCCCGCUCCCACCUCCCCGCCUGCCCCUGCCCCCACACCUGCCCCCACAGGCUCUUCCCAGCCCCUUUCACCAAGGGAUGCCCCAGUUCCUCCUCCCCCAAGAUGCCUGUUUUCCCUCAGACCAUCCUUUCCAGUCGGAUCAAUCCUCCUUAAGCUAUUUCCAUUUAGAUGUCCCCUGCGAAGCUGACUUUAUGUUUGGUCCCCAGCCGCCUGUGCCCCCCACACCCCAUUAUCGGCGGCAGCUCCCUGUAGUUCAGAGGGGAUUUCACCAAAACUCGCCUCGUAGCCGCUAUAUGCCCUGGAGGCGGCCCAGACCUUUCAGGAGAAGAGGCCCAGCCCACCCAAAGCCAAGGUUUCAAUAGACACACGUCGACAUUUUCCCCCGCGGCUCAUG